CAUUUGUAAAAAAGAAGUUACCUAUGUAAACACCAAGUUCCUCUAUAUCUUUCUACUUCUUUUUGGUUUUGACAGAUUUCAAAUACCAUAGGCUAAACCAUGGCCCCUAGGAAAAACAAAGUUGCGAAAGAGGAGGCACAGGUCACCCUCGGUCCCCAACAUUUAGCUGGUGAGACUGUGUUUGGGGUCGCUCAUAUCUUUGCCUCAUUCAAUGACACAUUCGUACAUGUCACCGAUUUAUCUGGCCGGGAAACCAUUGCUAGGGUUACUGGUGGCAUGAAGGUUAAAGCUGACCGUGAUGAGGCAUCGCCCUACGCAGCUAUGUUGGCCGCACAGGAUGUUGCAGAGAAGUGCAAAACCCUUGGAAUCACUGCUCUGCACAUAAAACUGCGUGCUACUGGCGGUAACAAGACAAAAACUCCUGGCCCUGGUGCCCAGUCUGCUCUCCGUGCCCUCGCUCGUUCAAGCAUGAAGAUUGGCCGUAUUGAGGAUGUCACACCUGUUCCAUCAGAUUCCACUCGCAGGAAGGGUGGUAGACGUGGUCGCAGGUUGUAAUCUGGUAGUUUAAGUUCACUGUUUGCUUUCAAUAAAAAGUUAACAGUA